UUGAUGAUAAUAUAAAAAAAUCAUCGUACAGCUAAGAGUGUGAACUCCAUUGAAAUGUAGUCUAUAAGCUCAAGAGGAGCCAUCGCAAGACAAAACUUGAAACUUCACUUCUGUUUAUUUUUUUCUUCCUUUUACCAUGCCUAAGUCUAAGCACAUGCUGCCGUUUCAUGAUCAUCCAUUGUAUAUAUUCGACGACGACCAAUCUUGGUUAUGCUAUAUUUGCUCAACAAACGAAAAGCGUGGGCUGGUCUAUAUCUGCAUGGAGUGCGAACUCGUGACGCACAAGGAGUGCGUCGAGCCUUUCCUCAACAACCCGUUUCAAUGCAAUCACUUUCUCAAGUUCUUCACAGGUUCACCAUUCAAAUCUGAAAAUCAGCAUUGCCAUUUUUGUCGUAAGAAUCUUUCGUCUUUGUAUGCUCGUUGCACUAUAUGCAACACAAGCAUGGAUGUUGACUGUUUGAAAAAUCCACCGCCGCUCACUAUUUUUCAACCGAAGCACCACGAGCAUAGUCUCACACUCUUGUCAAGACUAGUCACAUUUACUUGUAACGCUUGUGGUCUGGAAGGCGACCGUAAUCCUUACGUGUGUCUUGCGUGCAAUAUGAUGCUACAUAAAGAUUGCAUUGAUCUACCGAGAGUCAUUAGCAUCAAUCGUCAUGAUCAUCGCAUCUCUCAUACUUUUCAUCUUGGUCAAGGGGAAAGAGACUGGGAGUGUGGAGUUUGUAGGAAGACAAUUGAUUGGGUCUACGGAGCUUACAAAUGCUCUCGUUGUCCUAACUACGCAGUUCAUUCAAAAUGCGCAACGAGAAGUGAAGUGUGGGAUGGGAUAGAGCUUGAGGAUGUUCCGGACGAAGAUGAAGAAAUCGAAGAUCCAUACAAGGUGGUUAAUGAACAAGAUAUCAUUCACUUUAGUCAUGAGAAUCAUAUCUUAAGAUUGGAUGAGAGUUGUGUGAAGGAUAUGCGCUGCGAGGGUUGCGUUUUACACAUCAACGGAGAACCAUGCUACAGAUGUGUGGAAUGUGAUUUCAUCCUACACAAAACAUGCGCUAGUCUUCCUCGGAAGAAACGACAUUUAUUACACAACCAUAAGCUUACGCUGCUGGUUGACGAGGUUACUUUCCAGUGUAGAGCUUGCAAAAUCAAUUCCAAUGGUUUCAGGUAUAAGUGUGAAGAAGGCUGCAAGGAUAAGUUCGUGUAUGAUGUUCGGUGUAGCUCCGUAUCAGAACCGUUUCGCCAUGAUCUGCACCCACAUCCCUUGUACUGGACCUUGGAAGGUUCCAAAGAGUGUCAUGCUUGCGACACAGAAACAAAGAAUCCUCUAUGUUGUACGGUUUGUGAUGAUUACGCUUUAUGCAUGAGGUGCACUACUUUGCCAAGGAAGGUGAAACACAGGUGUGAUGAUCAUCUUUUGUCGCUGAGCCAAGGUGUUGGAAACGCGAGCGGUGACUUGUGGUGUGAUGUUUGCGAGUGCAAGGUGAUAGCGAGUGAGUGUUACUAUACUUGCCAAGAGUGUGGAGUCAGUCUCGAUAUUGAUUGUGUGCUUGGAGACUUUUAUUAUCUCAAGGUAGGACUCAUCGGCCCCGGUCUUGAAGUACUUGCCAACAAUGGUGUUACUCGACCAUUGUGCAGCGGUUGUGAAGUUCGAUGCAAGUUCCCAUUCCUCGCGAGGGAUACUACUACCCAAGAACCUGUUUGUUACUUUUGUAAUAUAAACUGUUUACACUACCAUUAAGUUAUAUCAUAAUAUGCCAAUCUUCUAUUACUA